CCGGGUGGCCGGGCCAACGGGAACGGUUGAUUAGCGCGCGCACCGAGCCCAUUGGCCGGCGGUCGCGAUACCGCGUCGGGAAAUCCGACUAUCCGAACGGCCGGGUGAUAACGGCACGGCGGCGAACUGCGAACGCCGAACACCACUCGUGCGCGGCUUACCGCUGUGUGUGCGUACACACAGUACACGCCACCUCCGCCAUCGCUCGCGGUCGUUGAUAAAUGACGAAAUAAUCGACGGACGAACGUACACCGGACCCGACCGACCCGUACCUCGCCGGCCAGCCGACGGAGACACCGCGACAGUGCUGUCUCGCUUGCCGUCGCGGGCGAAUCGUCACGAAAAAAUUUCGUCGACCCACCACCGGAUAUUUGCGAACACAGCGUGAAAUAGUUGACCGCCGCCGCACACACACCGGCGAUCGCGACGCUAUCGUCGCACGGCAGUCAGUGGUCGUACUCGUCGGAGCGGUAAUAGCGAUUUAAUAGUCGACCGUGUCGCGUUCCACACAGCCAUAGCAGUCGUCGUAGUGGUGUCGACGGCGGCAGCUGUUGAGCGUUCAUGUACGUGUUGAGCGUGUGUGACGUCGCGUGACCGGCAACGACAACGACGACGAUCGCGCGAACCGGCCCGCCGGACACGGCCGAGUCGGCUCCAAACCACUGUCGCUGGUGCUGCGUGGCCACCGGUCGACGCGUCAAACGGCGGCGGCGGCGGACGCGCGGUAGUUUCUCGGCGACGGACGACCACCCGACCGCCACGAUGACUCUGCAGGCCAUCAAGUACGAGAACGGCACGCUGGAGGUGCUCGAUCAACUGCUGUUGCCCAAAGAGUCCAAGUACAUACCCAUUUUGGGCGUCGAGGACGGAUGGAAGGUCAUCAACAAAAUGCAGGUACGCGGUGCUCCAGCUAUUGCCAUUGUUGGGUGUUUAAGUUUGGCUGUAGAAAUAUCAAAAGAAGAGUUUGAAAAAAAAAAGGCUCUUCGAAGAGAAGUUGAGGGUAAACUAAAUUAUUUAAUAUCUGCUCGGCCAACUGCUGUAAAUAUGAAACAGGCUGCAGAUCAUUUAAUAUCUUAUAUUAACUCAUUGGAUAAUGAUGAAUCAAUUUCAGCACAAGAAAUGCAAGCUAGGUUUGUAGCAGCUAUAGAAGCAAUGUUAGAAAAAGAUAUAUCAGAUAAUAGAUCAAUAGGAGAAUUUGGAGCUAAAGCAAUUUUAAACAAUGUUACUGAUGGUGAACAAGUUCGUAUUUUAACACACUGCAACACAGGUUCAUUAGCUACAGCAUAUUUUGGUACUGCAUUAGGUGUUGUACGAUGUUUACACUCGGCUUCAAGACUGGAAAAUUGUUAUUUCACGGAAACAAGGCCUUACAAUCAAGGCGCUAGAUUAACUGCCUAUGAAUUAGUUCAUGAUAAGAUACCAUCAACCUUGGUAUGUGAUAGUACUGUUGCUUAUUUAAUGAAGACUGCUCAGAUAAAUGCUGUUGUUGUUGGCGCUGAUAGGGUGGCAGCCAAUGGAGAUACUGCUAACAAAAUCGGGACUUACCAAAUUGCUGUAGUUGCCAAGCACCACGAAGUUCCGUUUUAUGUAGCUGCUCCAUUAACUUCAAUUGAUUUUAGUGUAAAUACUGGUGAUAAUAUAGUAAUUGAGGAGAGGCCUCAAGUGGAAAUGACUCAUAUAAAUAAUAUUAGAAUAGCAUCGCCAGGUGUAACUUGUUGGAAUCCAGCAUUUGAUGUAACACCAGCUCGACUGAUAACUGGAAUAAUCACUGAAAAGGGUGUUUUCCGACCGUCUGAACUCUCCACACUCCAGUCUCAAUUGCAAGAUCAUAAAAACUCACUUCCCCAACUGUAAUACAUACCUAAAUAUAUCAUUGCACAAAUGCAUCGUACAACUUUUUUAUGAAAAAAAUAAAAUUAGGCUAUUUUUUAUAAUUUAUGUAUCUAAAAGCUACAUUCCUAAGCCAAGGACAUCAAUUUUUAUUUAUGUAUAAAUGUAUAAUCAUAAUAUUAUUGUCUGUUAUUUUUAAUAUUAUAUGGAAACAAUUCCAUAGGCGAAGAAUGCAUAAGUACAUUGAAAAUAGACCAAUUAUUACUUAUAUAUUUUAAUUUAGUCAAGUAUAGUUGUGAUACAAGUUAUAAUAAUAUUAUUUUUAUAAUUGAA